AUGCUGGAUAAAGAUACCAAAAUCCCUAGAAGAAGACGGAAGGCAGUUAAAUCAUGUACGUUUUGCCGUAAGAGAAAGCUCAAGUGCGACCAUCGUAAGCCUAUGUGUAGACAAUGUCUGGAUAGAAAAUUACCAAACUGCGUCUAUACCGACGACUUCAACUUCCCACUGACAACAGAUGAGUUAUUUAGUGAUUCACCCAAUGUUGAUUUAAUGCGAAAGGUUAAGGAAUUAGAGGCUAAACUAGCAGCACUAGAAGGAGAACAAUCGCAGUCGCAGUCGCAGUCGCAUUCACAACAACAAAUCUCACCACCCUCGUCGACGGAUGCAGCGUCAAACGUUCCAGGAUUAUCAUCAAUUUGUGGUGGUGCUAUUUCGCUGCGGCCUGCGGGACCCGGUAACCCCAAUAAUCCAUUAUGGGAAUACAGGAUUCUCUACAACUGUAGAGGACAAAACAUUCUAUAUGGCCCCACGUCCUGGAGAACGAUGGUGGCGUCGCAGGGCGAAAGGUUUCAACUGGAGUAUAGAAAACUAUGGGAGAUGAUCAAACCCGAAAGAGACCUGUGGGUCGUACAGAACCCGUUUUCGCAGUUUAAUACAGAUGUGUCACAGGUGAUCUUAGCUACAAAUGAAAACGAUACCUUACUCAAUGCGGUUUGCAAGUAUUUGCCGUCAUACAAAGAGAUGGAGGAGGGUAUUAACGAAUUCUUUGAUGGCUACAUUCACGAUUUUUUACAGAUUCUCGAUAAGGAUAAAGUUAUGUCAGAUUUUAAGAAAUGUAUGAUUCCAGACGCAAAAUCGUUUGCCGGGCUUGAUCAUCCAAUUGCUCAAUUAACGGCGCCCGAUGGCGACGGGAAUUAUUAUAAAGCCGCAGUGGUUCUGCUCAUUGUGUAUACCGCCAAGACCAAUGGCAGUGUUCCGCCCAUAGUGGACAAAUUCUUUUUAUCGCUAAGUGCCAUCAACACCGCGUCAAAAUUAAACUUUAUGGAAAGGGCUCAGUUCUUAUUGCUACUCUACUUUUGUAAGGUUUACUGUCCCAAUGAGUGCAGCGAGACUCCACAGGCCGCCAAUUUGGUCAGUGAGCUCUGUGAAUGUGCUCUUACUCUGGGGCUUUCCAAUGCAGAAUGGUGGUACAAGGAUAAGCAGGAACUCGUCGGGCCUAUUCACACCUUGAAAAACAUGUGGUACUGGACACUCUUCGCAGAUAUUUCUAUAUCCUUUGAAAUGGGCAAGCCGCUUUUCAUAACCGAUGAUUGUUUUGAUCCUACCGCCACUUUUAGCCCCCUAGAGAAACCAGCUGCUGGUUUUGACAUAACCCCAGAAUCUCUAUCGUCGAUCGGCUCUCAAACUUCGCUACAGGAUGUGCUAAAUGGUGGUACUUUGCAGGGGAGAAGGUUAACCAUGUUACUGAAGUAUCUGAAAAUUGGUCGUCGUUGCAUACUGGAGAUCAAUUCAAUAAACACCAGCGGUAAUAUAGAUCAAGUAGCUGAUGAAUUGGAGGAAUUCGUCGCUAAAGAAUUUUUGCCAAUAAAGUUCUACUCGUCUAAGCUAAUGUUGGAGCAGGUAGACAUGUUUGAUAUCAUUCUUUUAGCUCCUACCUUUGGUAUGCUAUUAAAUUUCCACAAUGUUUCUCGUAUUGCUUUGAAAAACAGCACUCCUUAUAACAAGAACAGAGUUAUAAAGUUCGGGCUUUUGGGUCUAUCCAUCUGCGUUAAUACCAUCAUAUGCACGUUUGAAAGAGAUACUCCUGGCCCCAAGAACGACUUGGUCUUGGCGUUACUAUUGGUUAACCCACUGUUCAUGCGUAUACUCACAGAAAUGUACGCGUUGUUCUUCUUUAGGUUGACUUUGUUUGAAAAAGGUAUUAUCAUCACCGAAGGUAUUUCUGAUUUGAGUUUGAACGACCUUAACGUGCCAUUGGAUAAUUAUUAUUCAUUUGAAGCCACCACCUCCGUAUUCAGAGAGACUCUCGAUCAAUUGUUUGACCCAUCGAGGGCCGAAUUGCAAAAGGCCAUUUCGAAAUCUUAUCAGCUUACGACCUCAUUAGCGCUAGAGCGUGUGAGUCGUACAGUUUUUGAUAAGGGGUGUACUUCAAGAACCAUUACAGAAAACAACUGUCAUGCAGACGAUGCAAUCUCUCAAGAGGCAUUGGACAAAAUGACAGAAUCAUUUUGGGAAACUUAUGAGCAACAAACCCAAGGCGUAUGGUCAAUGAAGCCAGAGGAUUUCUACACUGGUUUUAACGUAAAUUUUGAUUUCGACCUAAGUUUGAAGUAA